AUGACUUCUCAGAAUGCUACUUUGGGUGCUCAGGCGGGGAAUGAGACGCAAGUAUGUGUGAUACCUGGUGGAGUACCAAUCACCAUACAAAAUGCCACUUCCUGGAGCCAAGUGGGCUGUUUGGAGGGUUUCUACUGUGCAAACAAUAGCGCGCAACACCUCCCACAGUACUGUCCACCGAUGCCCUCCUGUCAAGACUUGAGAUUAUCUGGAACUCCAUGUCCACCACAAGGCCUAUUCGAGCCCGUCCUCUGCGAUCCAGGAUAUUAUUGUCCGAAUGGGGGAACACAAAAAAUACAAUGCCCCUCCGGCAGCUACUGCCCCCACGGUGUUGCAAGUCCGAUCAAAUGCACAGUUGGCUCGAGGUGCCCAGCUGGGUCUCAACGAGAUAUGAAUUUCCUCCCACUGGGUAUCCUGCUUCUCGUCGACAUCAUCCUUAUCACAGCCACAGUCAUGGAGAAGCUUCGAAGUAGAUAUAAGAAGAGCAACUUCCACCAGAAAAGAGAGUCGAGAAGAUCAGCGUUCAUGGCCAAAGGUGCAGGCAGAUUUCGAAAUAGAGAUUAUCAAGAAAUCGAUGAGCGGGGACAUCCUGGAUUUCAGGAAGAUGUGGAGAAUGAUUUUCAGAUGGAACCUAGGAUUAUGGGUCCACGGCGCGCCAAGACAGGUUUCGAGCAAAUUGGCGAGUUGGAAGCAGACUUCGUGUUGCAUGAGGAAUUGAAUAAGGAUGAUGGUGGACAGAAGACGGAUCUGCAUCUCUUCGUUCAAUCGCUGUCUAAAUGUUUGGGUGCUACGAAGUUCGGAUUGAGUUUCGAGUUUCAAGACUUGGGCUUCAAGCCUCCAAAGAGCAACAAAAAGAUCCUCGACCAAGUCUCGGGUACCAUUCAUGCUGGAUCUCUUUGGGGAGUUAUGGGUGCCUCUGGUGCUGGAAAAUCUACUUUCGUCAAUGUUCUCAUGGGAAAGCAAGCCCAUACUGGAGGUGUCACCAAAGUCAAUGGUGUAGCUGGCAAGAUUGCGAAGUAUAAGAAAAUCAUUGGUUAUGUCCCACAAGAUGAUAUUGUUCUUCCCGAAUUGACCGUCCGAGAAAAUAUCUUACAUUCAGCUCGAAUUCGACUACCAUCCAACUGGUCAGAUUCCGAAAUCCAGCAUCAUGUUGACAUCCUCAUCUCGUGUUUGCAACUCAGCCACGUCAAAGACUCGCUAGUAGGAAGUACCGCAGCGCCAGUCAUUUCGGGAGGACAAAGGAAGCGAGUGAGUAUUGGCAUGGAAUUAGCAGCAGCUCCCAUGGCAGUCUUCCUCGACGAACCUACAUCUGGGCUCGAUGCAACAGCUGCCGCUUCGAUUAUGUCUACUCUCAAAGCUCUGUCUCGUCUAGGAAUGACCAUUGUGACAAUUAUCCAUCAACCACGACAGGAAAUCUUCGAAUCUCUAGACAGUCUUGUUCUACUUGGUCAAGGAAGAAUGAUUUACUGCGGACCGGAGACAGGCAUUCAACCUCAUUUCCAAGGUCUAGGUUUCGACUUUCCUGAUCAUACCAACCCGGCAGAUGUCAUGGGUGAUAUCAUUGCAGGUGAAGGACGACACUACAAGCCGAAAGGAGAUGCAAGUGUCCAAUACCUAAUCGACUACUGGGCCUCAAAGCAACAAGACGGAUCUGCCAACGAAAAUUUCGCCAAAACAGCUACCAUCUCUAUGGCCGAAAACAACGCCCUCUCAGCUACUGUCAAAGCCCGUGGAGCACCCUGGUUCAAGCAGAUUUAUUUCUGCUUCCAGCGUUCCUUGGUCCAGCAAUACCGCAUGAAAUCGUCCUUCUACUUCGAGCUGGGUGUUGGUGCAAUGGCUGGGUUCUUGAUCGGUCUCGCAGAAUUGAAUCAAAAGGGUCAGAACUUCCGCGGUAUCUUCAAUUCACCCUACGAUCUCCUUUCAGUCUCUAUCGACUACAGCUCCGUCCCCCAAAUGGCCCUCCUCGUCGGUCUAGCUAUCGGUCUUACCGCGUCUGCCCCAGGAGUCAAGAUUUUCGGCGAAGAGAAACUAGUUUACUGGCGAGAAGCUGCGGCUGGACAUAACCGCUUUGCAUACUAUAUUGGCAAAGUCGUCUCGACGAUCCCGAGAAUGGUAUUGGCAAAUUUCCACUUCACGACUAUGUUCAUGCUCCUUUCCACCCCUCGGAUCCCAUACCUAUCAGCUUUCAUCGCAAAUCUGCUAUACUUCUACUGUAUCUACGGCCUUGCAUCCAUUAUUUCCAUGGUUACACGCCGCGAAGACGGACCUUUGCUCGCGGUCAUGAUGUCGCUCAUCGUCGGUGUUCUGAACGGCAUGUCUCCAACUCUUAAGAAGGUCCGUAGUUGGCACAUCGUUUGGAUCUGGAGAGCGAGUCCCGGGACAUGGUUAGCGGAAGCGUAUUUUACCGAGAAUAUCAGUCCGUUGAGAUACCUGUACCAGAUUGAUAUGGCGAAGCAGACGGCGGGGUACUUGUUGAAUAUGUUUGGUGAUGAUUUGUUGAUGAUGUUGGCGAUUGGGACGGCGUAUAGGAUUGUGGCUUUUCUGGGAUUGAGGUUCAUGUGGAGGAAUAAGCAGAGGUGA